UCUACACAUAUUAAUGAAAUAGAAGACAAAAAUCUACUGGGAAAUGGUUUUAUCAAUCUCGAAAGUGUCAGCACAUUUGCUGUAUUUUUUAAUCAGUUUUCCUAACUUUGUAAGCUUCUUCUCCCUGGUGCUGCUCUUUAGACAUUAUUGGAUGAUAAAGAAAGACUUUUUCCAGCUGUAGAGAAAGAUCUAUAAGGCCAGAGUGCGUGGUUUCAAAUUUAUAUAUUUUUAAAAAGACAUUAAAAAGGGACAGAAUGAAUGACAGACAACCAAACUACUUAAUAUCCACCUACGCGGCGAGUCCAAUGAUAAAUGUUUGUGUGUUAGGUGACUUAGGUCAGCCAGUGGUCAGUUUCCUAUACAAGCACAGUAGUACUCCUACUCCUUCCUCAGUACAGUAUAAUCCAAUGAGAGACUCAACCACACCAGCCCCUCCAACUGACGCUUGCCCUCAAGCACCAUCGUCAGAUGCUACUUAUCCAUUCCGUGUUGGUAGUCCUGGAGAUGAUUAUUAUUUUGCUGCUCGUUUCAAUUCUGAUAAUAGCAGUUUCAUUGAUAUGCAGUUGGAGGGUAGUGCUGAUGGAUGGAUUGCUGUUGGAUUCACUGGAACAAGAGAUAUGGUACAACAAAGUGUAUAAACAUAUUUAUUAUACUAGUGACUAUGCA